AUGCCUAUGGACUUGCUGGAUAUUCUUCAAAACCGCGGACCAAAUUCAAAAUUAGUUAUUAACAUCGAUGGCAUUGCAUUUGGAGGUUUUGUGCUGCACCAUCAGGGUGCUGAAAUUUGUGCACAGCCAAUUGAAACUGAUUCAAAUGUACUUAUUUUUAAUGGUGAUAUUUUCAAUUUGCACGAUAACGACUGUGAGAUAUCAGACACCCAGUGGAUUUUCAACAAAUUUUCUGCAGCUAAAGAUGAACAUGAGUUCAUAAAUUGCAUUCGAAACAUUGAAGGUCCAUAUAGUUUCAUGUUUUUUGAUAAACAAAAUGGAUAUUUAUAUUUUGGACGUGACAGCUUGGGUCGGAACUCGUUAUUAAUUGAAAACAACAAGGAUCAUUUACGAAUUCUCAGUACAUCAUAUUUCGAAAUUAAUGUUGUAACAAUCGAAUUGCCACCUCUCGGAAUCUAUAAAAUGCAUAAGGACGAACGUAAUAGUUGUAUUGUAUUUCCAUGGCAGCAACCGGAUGAGAAUUGGAAAUUGCAAAGCGAAGCAUUUGAGUCUACGAUUGGCUUAACAAUUAAUAUUGAGUAUCCUAUCAACCCAUCUUGGUUACAGAUCUGCACCAACAAUCAGGAGUUUUACUUUAAUUUUUACGACCUGUAUAUAGAAAAUAAAUCAAGCGAUGCAGAUAAAUAUAAUAGACUGUUGGAACACUGUGAAGUGCUAGCAGCUUUAGACAAGUUUUCCCAACUUCUAGAGUACUCUGUAGAAAAACGAGUGUCAAAAACAACACCGUCUUGUGCAAAAUGCUAUCCACGUUAUUUGAACUGCAAUCAUUCCAAAAUCGCCGUACUAUUUUCAGGAGGAAUAGAUUGUUCGAUUUUAGCAAUUCUAGCGGAUAAAUUUGCUAACAGAAAGGACGCCAUUGAUCUUAUCAAUGUCUCUUUUGAAGCAUUAAACUCUCAGAACGAAAAUUGGAAUGUACCCGAUAGACAGUCUGCUAUAAGCUCCCUGGAAUCAUUGAAGAGAUUAUGUCCUCACAGAACCUGGAACUUUAUUGAAGUAAAUGUAACUCGGAAAAGUUUGCACACCUAUCUUUCCAACAGGAUAAAACAUUUAAUAUACCCACUUAACACGGUGUUGGACGAAUCAAUUGGAUGUGCGUUUUGGUUUGCGUCACAAGGACAAGGAUUAUUGUUUGGAAAGAAUUAUGAAUCCACUGCAAAAGUUGUAUUAGUUGGAAGUGGUGCUGAUGAAUUAUUUGGAGGUUAUAUUAGACACAAAAAUGCUUUUAAUCGCUGUAUUGGUUCGCAAGAUGAAAAAGAAAAAUGUCUCCUAAAUGAAUUAGAAAAGGAUUGGCUUAGGAUACCGACACGCAACUUGGCCAGAGACGAUAGGGUAAUAUCUGACAGUGGUAGAACACCGAGAGCCCCUUUUAUAGAAGAAAAUGUUGUAAAAUUUGUUCGAAGCUUGAAACCAAAUCAAAGAUGCUGUUUUUUGUAUGAGGAUGGUAUAGGUGAUAAAUUAUUUUUGCGAUUAUUUGGAUAUAGACUUGGCUUAAAAGAUGUGGCAUUUCUGAAAAAAAGGGCAAUCCAAUUUGGUUCAAAGAUUGCAAACAAGAGGGAUAAAGCAAAUGAUCGUUCAAAAUAUUUAUGA